AUUUUAAUUCCUUUUCAUCAAAGUGUGCAAAAUGAUUGGGCGGGCUGGUUCGUGGUCGGAAGUGAGAUCGUGAACGAUACAGCUCAAAGAGACAUAUCGAAUCUGAAUCUACAAAACUCUUAACCUCACUGGGUAUUAUAUAGUAAUCCCCUCACUUCUCCUCUUCCUCUCCAGAUUUCAACUCUCACUUCUUCUUCCUCAUCGUUUAGGGUUUCAAAAAAAUCGAUAAACCUCGUAGAGUAGAUGGAAGGAAGAAGGAUUACAGCUAACCCUAGACCUUGCAGUGGAAGAAGAGUCGUCGCCGCUAAAAAGAGACCUCGUCCCGAUGGGUUCGUCAACAGCGUCAAAAAGCUUCAGCGUAGAGAAAUCUCAUCUCGUAAAGAUCGAGCUUUCUCCAUCAGCACCGCCCAGGAGAGGUUCCGCAACAUGCGUCUCGUCGAGCAAUACGAUACUCACGAUCCCAAGGGACAUUGUUCAGUUGCAUUACCGUUUCUGAUGAAACGAACUAAAGUUAUCGAGAUUGUUGCUGCGAGAGACAUUGUCUUUGCUCUUACCCACUCUGGUGUCUGUGCUGCUUUCAGUAGAGAGUCGAAUCGAAGGAUAUGUUUCUUGAAUGUUAGUCCUGAUGAAGUCAUACGGAGCUUGUUCUACAACAAGAACAAUGAUUCUCUCAUCACUGUUUCUGUUUAUGCUUCUGACAAUUUCAGUUCUUUGAAAUGCAGAUCCACUAGGAUUGAGUAUAUUCUGAGAGGUCAGCCAGAUGCAGGGUUUGCUCUUUUUGAGUCUGAAUCAUUGAAGUGGCCUGGUUUUGUUGAGUUUGAUGAUGUCAAUGGAAAGGUUCUUACCUAUUCUGCGCAGGACAGUGUGUACAAGGUUUUUGAUCUGAAAAACUAUACCAUGCUAUAUUCCAUAUCAGAUAAACAUGUCCAAGAGAUUAAAAUCAGUCCAGGGAUAAUGCUAUUGAUCUUCAAGAGAGCUCCAAGUCACGUUCCUUUGAAGAUUCUAUCGAUAGAAGAUGGCACAGUUCUCAAGUCCUUCAACCAUUUGCUUCACCGAAACAAGAAAGUCGACUUCAUUGAACAAUUCAAUGAGAAACUUCUCGUUAAGCAAGAGAAUGAGAAUCUCCAAAUUCUUGACGUCAGAAACGCUGACCAAAUGGAAGUUAGUAGAGCUGAGUUCAUGACACCCUCUGCGUUCAUAUUUUUGUACGAGAACCAGCUGUUUCUAACGUUCAGGAACCGGAACGUAUCUGUGUGGAACUUCCGCGGAGAGCUCGUGACGUCCUUCGAGGAUCAUCUUCUUUGGCAUCCCGACUGUAACACAAACAACAUCUACAUAACAAGUGACCAAGAUCUGAUCAUCUCAUACUGCAAAGCAGAUACAGAAGAUCAAUGGAUAGAAGGAAAUGCGGGAUCGAUCAAUAUCAGCAAUAUAUUGACUGGGAAGUGCUUAGCUAAGAUAACACCAAGCAGUGCACCACCAAAAGAAGAUGAGAGCAGUAGCACUUCUUUGGGGGAUAACUCGAAGCAAAGAAUAAACGCUGUCGCUGAAGCGUUGGAAGACAUAACUGCUCUCUUCUAUGAUGAAGAACGCAAUGAGAUAUACACAGGAAACAGACACGGCUUCGUUCAUGUGUGGUCCAAUUGAUUUCACAUCAUUGUUAGCUACUAUUAUUACUACUGUAUUAUUUGGUUUUCUUUAAGUUGUGUGUAGUGAUCAAUCUCUUUUAACUUAGUAGUAGUGUCUUUGAGCAGCCAUUUGUGUUGCUGUGAAGCCAUAUGUGUUGUGAGUCAGAAAACAAUGUGUACACUAGUUAAUCAAUUCUAUGAAAGACCCCUUGUUACAAA